AGGGAUGAUUCUUAGUGCCAGCCUCAGAGCCACCAAACGGGAACUGGCAGCAAGACCGAGGAUACCAACCGUUGGGAGUAGGAAACCAGGCAGUGGACUGCCUGCGCAGAGGGAAUUAGGCUCUCCUGGCUGUGGAGGUUGGAAGAUGGAAUAGCCAAGCCCUCCCUUCUAACAACCACUACCCCUGUCUGUAGGGCUGACUCAGCCUGUUCCAAGGCCCAGAACCAUCUUUUGCUAGACCCCAGAGCCUUUGUCCUUAGUCAUGAGGCCUGAGGGGGUGGGGACAGUGGAUAAAAGGCCCCAAAGGCAGCACCACACCCUUCCACUGGGCUGCUGUUCACAUGAAGCCACCAAUGCAACCCCUAACCCAGGCCCUGCCCUCCUCCCUGGGAAAUGUCCUUCGAGGCACCGGUUUCCAGGUGCCUGUCAUUAAGAUGGGCACAGGGUGGGAGGGCUUACAGCGAACUCUGAAAGAAGUAGCCUAUGUCCUCCUCUGUUGCUGGUGUAUCAAGGAAUUACUGGAUUAGCGGUGGCAGGGAGCACCUCCUGUCACCCCUGACACCAAGACCUGCAUCACUCAGGUGAGGUGGGGGAGGGCAGACGUCAGGGGGAGUGGCUGCAGCUUCUGUGGAGGAACCUGCAGCCCAGCUGUCCUUCACCAACACGUGAAGAGUGAACUAUUAACUGCUCUGUGUUGUCCAACUGUCUGACUGCCUCAUCCUGGGGCACCCAUUCCCAGCUCCCGUCUCCGCUGUAUGUCUGGUAGGCACGAGCUUGGCUUGCUGGCUAAGACACCAAUGAGACUGCAGCCUCCAGAAUGGGUACAGUGAGCCCACCAACCCAGAUGACUGCUCCUACCAUGUACUUGAAGAACCAGGAAUGAACUGCCCCUAAGAUCUCUGGUAAUCCUGAACUACACAUAAAAUAAACGUGCCCUCGAGGCCAAAAAUUCUAAA